AUGUCAAAAUUCUGACAUUACUCGUAAGUUCCAAUUAUUUUCGGUGCGUGAAUCGAGGAAUCCCAACCAAGGCUGCCACAAUGGCUUCGUUAAUGAAUACCUUUAAAUUUGUGCAAAAAUUGACUGCCAACAAUCCAGCAGUGUUGCGUCAAGCCGCCAGGUCGAUGGCCGGUUGGAACAAGGAUUACAAGGCUGGCAAGUUCCCACAAAGCGACGCUGAACGUGAGGCUGCUGCCAAAAAAUACUUUUUGCUGCCCGAAGAAUACAAACCCUAUGCCGAUAAUGGUUUGGGCUAUGGUGAUUAUCCCGAAUUGAAGGGAGGCUUGGGUAUUGAGGCCCGUGACCCCUUCUAUCCAUAUGAUUUCCCAGAAUUGAAGCGUAACUUGCAUGAAACUUUCCAUGCUGAAUCCGAUUUGUACAGUGAAGAUCGCUGGUCCCAACCUGCCCCUCCCCGCUAUGCCAACAGCACCUACUGGUUGGGCUUUUUGGGUUGCAUGGCUGGCUGCCUUGUCUUGUAUUAUUGGUUGGAGAACUACAGAAUGUAUCGCCCAGUGGCAGUGAAACAAUAUCCUGGUGAUGGCCGCAAGCAUUAUACAUUUGAAACCAAUUAAAAAGCCUGGUGUUGAAAAAAAUGCCAACAAAAAUAGUUUCAAUUAAUAUAAAUAAAACUCAUUUAAUGAUAGAUCGAGAUACAAAAGAUUCGUGAUUUCUAUUGGAAGUAAUAUGCACAAGGAUUUCGACAUCCAUGUGUUGUAAAAAUGAAAUAAAACAAUUUUGUUAAACAAUGUGAAAAUGU